AUGAAGUUCCUCUCAGUCGGACUCCUCUUCUUCGUCGCCGGAGCUCUAGCAUCCGACUACCUACUCACAUACUCCUGCUACAACAAAACCGGCGGUAUCAACAAGAAUGGCAACAAUGAAUCCAAGCUCGCAGGUAAAGUCAGCGAGGACUUCGCCGACAAGAUCGAGGACAAGAUGGAAGAUUGGUCUGAUGGCAAAUACGAGGCCAAGAAGAAGUCGAUUGGAAGAAACACCAUCACUAUCGUCUGCAAGAAUGGUGGUGUCGAUACCAAGCAGCAAGCCUUGGAUGCCGUUUCUGAUCAGCAGCGUAUCGUUAACAGCCACAAGGAUGAUUAG